GUUAAACUGUAAUUCACUGUUGAUAAAAAUACAACAAAAUGCACUUCAUUAUUUUGUUAAUAGCAGCUACUGUCUUAAUUGCAAACCCUGUAGUGGGACCAAAAACUCGUGUGGGCAAAGAUAUAACAACGUCUCUAAGUGAGUUGGUUGCCGGAUCUAAUGAGGCGUUGGAAAACAUGUAUAACCACAUUAAAACUUAUAUAUAUGGUUUACACGAGUAUGAUGAACUUACAAUUGAGCAAUUUAUGGAAUUUGUGGGUGACUCAAAUACUGAUGCUGUACAAAGUUACCUAAACAGAACGGGGAGACAAAACACAAAAAAAGUAAACAUUAAUCUAUUUAAGAUUCUGAUGCCAGAAUUAAACAGAGUAAGCCCAACCGCACAGGAGAAUGCACUAGUCUUCACAAGUGUGCAGUUACAAGAUCUACGAAGAAGAAAAAAUUUAACAGGAGAUUUCAAUUUUAGUUUUCCGUUUGGGAAUAUUAGUCCUGCUAAUAGUAGUACCUAAAGUAGCAGUACUGUUACUACUGGUAGUAUAUAGUACACGUUUUUUGAGUUAUGUGUAAUUUAUACAUAUUAUAUUAUGGAAAAUUGACAUAAUGCUGUUUUCAUCCACUUAUAAACUGAUUUUUAAAUGUUUUUAAGUUUGUAAAUUUGACAAAAAAUAACAUUCAAUAGUAUACUGUA